GUUCUUUCUUCUUCGUUACCGACUUUCGCUUUCAGGCAUCUUCUCGCUCUCUUCGCUUCAUCAAUUAACUUGCGAUGGAUUGGCAAGGACAAAAGUUGGCAGAGCAGAUAAUGCAGAUAAUGCUGUUGUUGUCGGCGGUGAUUGCAUUCGCCGCAGGGUAUGUGCUGGGAUCGUUUCAAAUGAUGAUGAUCGUAUAUGCGGGUGGCGUGACUCUCACCACAUUGAUUACGGUUCCGAAUUGGCAUUUCUUCAAUCGCCACCCACUCAAAUGGUUGGAUCCCAUUGAAGCUGAGAAGCAUCCCAAGCCACAGGUGGCUGUGAGUUUGAAAAAGAAAGGCACCAAGAAGUAAGGUCGUGUUUGCUUAGAGGACUGAACCGAUGUUUUCUUCUUUUAUGUGUUUUGAAGGGUACAAUAAUCUACUUGAUUUCCCUGAAUUUUUUGGACUAUGAAACAAUUAAUGGAAGAGUAUUCUUCUUGGAGGAUACAAUAACAGGGUGUUAUAGAUGCU